AUGUCAACAUCUCCACCGACAAUCAAUCAAGGAAGCCCUGCCUCUCCUCCGAUGGGCUAUGACAUUGGCAGCCCAGGCUCCAGGUCACCUGGUGACACAGCAGGUCGAAGAACUCUCAAGAGCAAUGUAGUAAAGAGUUUGCUCAACAGAUCAAACUCAGGAUCGACCCUUAUCAAUCAACACAGACGUCAAUUCCCAACAAACAAUACGUCAGACGAUGGUGGUUCCAUCGACCCAAGUGUUGACUCACCCAAAUCGUCAAGACGUGCUGCCACUGCAACAGCGGGCACUGGAAACUCGGCUGCAGACAAUGAUGUCGACAAGUCAUUGUGGACUGUACGUGCUCUCAAGGAGAACCCAGAGAUUGCAGACAUCUUUGACAGAAUCAAGCCAAUCAAUCGUUGUAUAUCGUUGGGUCAGUGCUACGCAUACGAAGAGACCCUACUCAAAGAUGAUCCACUCAUUGGAAAUGAUGUCAUGUUGCAGCUCAUCCUACAACAUCUUCAAUAUGAAGGUCUCCUUAACUCGAGAAAGUCAUUAGAGGGUGAAGCAAAUGUCAAAUAUCCUGAUUAUGCCUUUAAUGAUAGUAGACUUGUCACACUGAUUCGAACGGCUCUCAAAGACUCUGAGAGGAUCUUUAGUUUGACUUUGGACGACCGUCAGAAAGACUCUCAACAGCUGUUGGAGGAACACCUUGCAUUGAUGGGACUACUCGCUGAAGAGCCCGAUACAUCAGAGGAUGUCAAUAUCUAUGAUGAAGCUUUGGAAUCAAACAUUAUAUACACUGAUGAAACACAAGCCAACCCAGCGUCCAGUGGUAGCAACAACAACAACAGUAGUGGUAACUUAGGAACCUCUGGUAAUGUUCCAAUAUCUAGCGUCCAGAGCAACUCUUCAUUCACACUGUCUACCUCUGCCAAAUUGGAACCGAUCAAGGCUAUCAAGGCCGCAUCGCUCAACAAACUGGUCAUCCUUUUGACACCCGAGAAGAACCACGAUCUUGAGUAUGCCAAGACAUUCCUUUUGACCUACCAAUCAUUUACCACCAACGAGAAGCUAUUGCAGAAGCUCAUACAGCGCUACCAGGUACCACAGAGGCCAGGCCAAUCGGAUGACGAGUGGAAGAAGAUUGCCAUCCCUAUUCAGCUACGUGUUGUCAAUGUUCUCAAGACGUGGAUCAAUCAAUCAUUCUCAGAGUUCAACGACAAGCUCAUCCAGAACAUCAAAUCAUUCGUCGAGGUUCUCAAACAUGAUAACCUUGCACUGGCAAACAGAAUCAUGCAGACACUAAACAGCAAGAUCAAAGGUAUCGGUGGAGAGGACGACGAGGAGGACAAAAAGUCAAAGAUAGUGUUCACAAUGCCAGCGCCAGAGCCAAAGGUUCCAAAGAACAUUUGGUCCACCUCUUUGACGAUAUUCGAUGUGGAUGAAGAGGAGGUGGCUAGACAGCUCACACUCAUCGACUUUGAGAUUUUCUCAUCAAUCAAGCCUAGCGAGUUGCUCAACCAAUCUUGGAAUAAGCCCAAGUUACGUCACAGAUCGCCCAAUGUCAUGUUGAUCAUCAACAGAUUCAAUGAGAUAUCACAAUGGGUGGCGUCAAUCAUCCUAUCGUUUGAUAAGGUCAAGGACAGAGCAAGAGUUAUGUCCAAGAUUGUAAAGAUUGCCGAGUAUUUAAUGAAACCAUUGAAUAACUUUAACACAUCGAUGGCCAUCCUCUCUGGACUGAAUGCAGCAUCGGUCCACAGACUCAAGUUUACCAAGGAAGAGAUGCCAAAGCAUAUACAGGUGACCCUGGCUGACCUACAGGGCCAGCUCAGUAGUGCACAAGCGUAUAAGACAUACCGUGAUAUAUUGGCCAAAUCCAAUCCCCCUUGUCUGCCUUACCUUGGUGUUUGUCUGACUGACCUUACCUUUAUUGAGGAGGGCAAUCCAGACUUGAUCAAAGGUUUCAUCAACUUUAGCAAGAGAAAGUUGAUCUACAAUGCCAUCUUCACUGUACAAAGCUUCCAGAACACAAGAUACAAUCUUCAUCCUGUGUACCAGAUAUCCAAGCUGCUCAGAGUCUUGAAGCCUAGGAUCGACGAAGAGGAUCUAUACCGCAGAUCUCUCAAGUUUGAACCAAGGAACAAGGAGAGGAACGAAAUAUUGUAA